AGUGGUUGAUGUUUCAGUAAGGAAAUAUUUCGUUUUGUCUUCUUAAAAAUGGAUGCCACUGCCUGCAUAGUUUGCCGAACUUAUGGACUCGGCAUGAUUGCCAUUUAUCACCAUCCUAAUGAACUGGAUAAAAUGUUUUUAUUCACUACAGGAAUCAAGGUAAAAGAUGGAGAUCAUCUGUGCGUUACAUGCUAUGACGAAUUGAAGGUAGCAUACCGUUUUAAACUGAAAUCUGUUAAGAACAGUACCAACGAAGAGACGCUAUCAGAUGCAAGUGCUAGUGCAGAAUACCAUACAUCGCAUGCAGGGGAAACUUCCAAGUUGGGUUCCAACCGUGAUGCCGUGGAUAGAGCCACCCCAGAACCAGAAGAUGAACCUGUGGAAAAUGAAGUUCGUUGCGAGGUAUGCCGGAAAACGUUUAAAAGUGUACGUCUCCUGCAGGGGCACAUGAUGGCCUAUCACCAGACAGAGGAAGCUCUGGAUGUUACUAAAUUUUUCAGCAUUCCUCUGUAGCUUACUAAUGAACGUAUGUGGAUUUCAAAUAUGAAAUGAGACAAUAAAAACUAAACGAAGUCAAUUGAAAA